AUGGGGAAGAGAGAGGAUGGAAAGGGAGGACAAUACCUUGGUUGUGGCGCUAUGGCUAUGGCGGUGAUUACGUGGCGCUUCGUCGUCUAUGGCGAGAAAGGGGUAGAUUGUCUUAAUCAAAUCAUCCUGGAUUUCGUGAACCUGAAGGCCACUGGAAGGUUCUGCAAUGGAAAACUAGCCACUGAUACCACUGCUGAUGAUCUGGGGUUUACUACUUACCCGCCAGCAUAUCUUAGCCCACAGGCAUCUGGGAAGAACUUUCUCAUUGGAGCCAACUUUGCUUCUGCUGCAUCAGGCUACGAUGACAAAACAGCCAUCUUGAAUGCAAGAACUCCAUCUUAUCUGCCAAGAACGACAUAG